GGGGUCGGAUGCUGUCGGUUUACAUAACCUAAACAAUUUACUGUGAUUUCUUUAAAAAGACUAAGUGUUAUAUACCCACACAAAAACAUCAAAUAUUAUCGCUGUGUAGGUUGAAUAAGUUAAGGGUUUGUUGCUUUAGAAGGGAGAUAAGUAAAAGCAAAGAUUCACUGAAGGGGCGCGCGGCAUAAUAAGCACUCUUCUGCAUCCUCCCCGGACAGACAGUCGACUGCGGUGCUGCUGUGAUCAUCACAGUCCGCGAACGUGAUUGAGGGAGUCCUGUCCUGUCCUGCUGCUCACCAGCAGCUGAUCACUGACUGCUUGCAGACGGGAUUUACAAACACUGGCCAGAGAAUGAGUGGUGAGGAGAACCCUGCUGCUGAACCUGCACCUGUGAUAGACGUGCAGGGAGACGGGCGCUGGAUGUCACAGCAUAACCGAUUUGUGCAGGAGUGCAAAGAUGCAGAGCCUGAUGUUCUGUUUGUGGGGGACUCCAUGGUGCAGCUUAUGCAGCAGUACGAGGUGUGGAAAGAACUGUUUUCACCUCUUCAUGCUCUGAAUUUUGGGAUUAAUGGAGACACAACCUCCAAUGUGCUGUGGAGGCUGCAGAAUGGAGAACUGGAGAACAUCAGUCCCAGGGUGGUGGUUUUAUGGGUAGGGACCAGUAAUCAUGAGAACACGGCAGAACAGGUUGCAGGAGGAAUAUUGGCCAUUAUACAGCUAGUUCUAUCUCGCCUCCCUAAUUCCAAAAUUAUUGUUUUGGGCCUAUUGCCAAGGGGAGAGUUCCCUAACCCCUUAAGAGAGAAAAAUGCAUCGGUGAACAAUUUACUUCGUGCAUUUCUUCCUCGACUCGUCCCAGUACAGUUUCUCGAUGUAGGAGGUGGUUUUGUCCACUCAGAUGGAACUAUUUCCUCACGAGACAUGUUCGACUAUCUACAUCUGACCGCUGGUGCAUACAGGACCAUAUCAACAACUCUCCAUGAGCUGCUGCUUCAACUACUGGAGGAAACGCCUCAGGACAGGCGGGCCUCACUGGUCUAAGUUGGGGGGGCACUUCAUUGGUCAAUCACUGGAAAGGCAGGGUUAAGAAGUGUUGAAUAUGCAGCAUGUAUUUGACAUACUUUAUUUAGAAAAAACAGUAAAUUAGAAAGUGACAGUUUGAUUUGCAGCAAAACAAAAAGCGGAUAUAUGGCCAGUUUUUCAUGACCAAUAUUAAGUGUUUAUAUGUAUCUAAAAUGCAUAAUUAAAAAUAGUACGAGAAUGAAGAAUAAGUGGCAAAUAUUUGUGACUAAAAGAGAGAAAAACAAAUAGGUUUCUUAGGACAUGUAUCUUUGCGUGGGACCAGAAUAUCUUCUAAAUCUCACCAUCACUGUCUAAACAACCAUUAAUGUAGCACUCACUCUGCCAGCUUCUCUGUGCCUUCAUACACUCAGUCAGUCACACUCACAGUGGUUUUAUGGUGACCGCAACUUAACACAAGCGGAAUCAUGCCAUUGAAAGUCUCUCUGUCUUGAUCCCAUUUAUACUGUAGUUCUUUCUUGGUAUACACAGCAGAUGCGUGUGAAACCCUCUGUUCUGCAAUAUAUUUCUCUUGCCAUUUCAUGUUCUCGGUAACAAAAAUAGUAACAUAAAACACAGAGUGGACUGGAGAUUGCAAACCAUGUCAUACCAUGUGUGUGUGUGUGUGUGUUUGAUUGAAAAUCUCAUAUUAAGCAUCUAAUGCACAACCAUAAAGUGUUAAUAUUUAUCCCACCUGCUCUGCAUCCAUGUUAUUGUGUACAGUAUUUCUCCAUGUGCUCUAUAAACUAACUAUUAUGUGAAGUAUGUUUGAGUGUGAGAAUGAGCAAG